AAACCAACCCAGGGUGGCAUAAUUUCAUGUAUUGCCGUACCGAAACAUUCGGGACGCCAGGUGUACGCCACCGGUUCGUACAAUGGAUCCAUUGUCGUGUACGCCGAACCGGGCAAUCCGAUCAUGCAUCUGGACACGGGUUCGGCCGGGGUGACACAAGUGCAAUUCACCGCCCGGGUCGGACACGAAACCGGUUCUCCGUGGUAUUUGGUGGCCGGGAACCGAAUGGAUUCGCGUGUGUUUCUCUGGGACGCUCGUCAGAUCCAAAAGCCCCUGCUCGUUUUGCAUCGUCGUGUGGAAAAUCAUCAACGUUUUCAAUUUGAUUUCGAUCCCCUCUGUGAAUAUUUUUUCACUGGAAGUCAAACCGGAGCGGUGUGUGUGUACGACUUAUCGGCCUGUUUAGACGACUACCACGCCUGCCAACUGGUCAAACCGUCUCUUGUCUGGCGUGCACACUCGGACUGUGCGCACGGGUUGAGUGUAAAUCCCUGUCUCCCCCUGGUGGCCACCAGUUCCGGGCAAAGACGUAUCAGGCUACCGUCAAUUUUCACUUCACGUCGAGCCAAACGUCCCCGGAUGCCCGAACCACCGGCUGACUCUUGCUUGGAUUCUGCCCUGUCCUCCUCGAAUCCGACCAGUAGCAGUGGCGAGGCUGUUGCUCGUGAUAACAAUGGGAGCAGCUCAGAUAGCCAUAGUAGUCUGUCCGAAACUGGACUCACGGACGAGGAAGCUUCAUUGAUUCCUCCCAUCCAAGUGGAUAAGACGUGUGCUUCGGAGCUAAUCACCGGUGAACGUUCCCUACCCCUUUGGGGUAUGCAUCAACGGUCACAUCCGGUUAAUCUACUUGAUGGAUGGGCUAUGAGCCACACUAAGGAUAGUGAUGGCUUAAAGCACCUUGGCGAGAUGAUGUACGACCAGAUGAGUUUUGCCUGA